UUGGACUCGCAGUCACCAUCAGAAAUUCGACCCGAGAUGAUUCGUCUGAAGCAACUCACCACAGUAUGCCUGUUGGCCGCAGCAGUGGCUGCAUUAUCUUCAACUGCCCCUCACGAUCAACCGCAUUCUCCAAUCAACUUUCAAGGAAAAAGGCCUCAGCCAAUUUUUCAGCAAGAAACUUCCAAACCGAGCACCGACCCAAACGAGCGUGAAGAAUUCCUCACUCAUUCGCUCGGAACGUCCAAAGUGAUUAUCCGCCCAGUUUCACAAUUGACCACUCCGGCACCUCUUCAAAGUCAGCAACCGGCAAGCGACAGCAAUGAUGGCUGCAAAUGUGAACCCAUCGACUCUUGUCCUAUCGAACUGAUGGAUUUCCGAUUCGCAGUCAGCUGCGAAUACGGAACUGUACGUUGUUGUCGACCAUUAGAAACUGUUCUCAUCAAAGAAACAACGCCCAGCAAGCCAAUGGUGGUGACUCCGUCUUCAACGCUUAAAUGGCCCAAGAAGUCGUGUAGAUGCAAACUACGCAAAGACUGCGACGAACAGUCCGUUGACAGGAAAUCCGAAACGAGUUGCAGCACCGGCUUUGUUCGUUGCUGUGAAACAGGAACAAAAAUUGAAAACCAUAAAACCGAAGUCAGCCCAGAAGCACAUGUUCUCGGAGGCAAUGGCUUCCGUCCAGUCCAAUUACCUUUCCUAAAGAUGCCGCAACCUGCGGAUGAGAGAAUAUCGGAACAAGAACCUCGGCCUUCUGAUCAAGAACUUGAGCCAACUGAGAAUGCUACUCCUGUGAUAUCCGGAAACAUUUCUGUGGAAGAUUCUGUUCUAACAACUACGGAGAAGGAACAAGAAAAUAAUCAGGGUCAACAAGAAGAACAACAAAAUUUACCGCCGUCAGCCGCUCAACAGUUUCAGCCAACCAGGCCUUUAGCCCCAACUCAACAGCAAACAAACCAGCAAUUUGGAACUCCUAGCCGCCAACCAAAUUUUCCAAUUAGAAACCCUACCUUAAACAAGUUUUCGGUGAAUCAAAAUCCGAUGAACAAUGCUCCAGGGCCACAAUUCCAGCAACCAAUUCAAAAUCAACCGCCAAAUGGCCUUCCACUUCAGCAACUUCCAAUUCGACCAAGUCCUAUUUUCCGGCCACCGAAUCCCGGAGCACUAAAUCAUCCUCAACUGGGCCAGCCAAUUCACACCCAAUUUCAACCUAGCUUUCCAAUAGGUACACCUAUGGGUCAACAAAUUCCCUUCCAGUCUUCUUUGGGUUCAUCCAGUUUCAAUCAACAGCAACUGCCUCCAAUACCACCUCACCGUAGACCAGCGACGCAGCCUCAGCCAAGCACCUUUCAACAACAGCAGUUCCAGCGACCACCUCCCGCACCAACAAGCGGAGGGGGCUUCUUCAGUAGUUUAAUGAACAUGUUUAACUAGACGCUACAACCUUUCGUAUCAUAUUUUUCUUUCCUAAUUUAUACUCCCUCCUCGUUCCAUAAUCCACGCAAACAAUAACAUUUAGUUGAAGUAAAUAAAAAGUAUUAAGUUGAAAA